CUGAACUUCCCUCGCUGAACGUGCGACGUCAAUCAGCGUCGACUAGGGAUUCGAAACUGCCCCAACCCAGCAAGCACAGUCAGGCCGCCACCGCGCCCUCACUGGUGAGCCUGUAUUUUGGCUCGACGGCUGGCCAAUUGGUGCGUGGCCUGCGUACUCCAUCUGCAUAGCGGUCUCGAGUCUCAGCUGGUGGGCAAUGUCGCAGCUUUCGCAACAUAACGAUGGAUUCGACUCCCAGCUACAGUUCUUCCCUCAAGACAGCCCCACAAUAGGUCGCAAUCAGGUUUACAACUCUCCAAACACUUCGUCGCCCAUCUCUGAGCCGGGAAAGAGAUCUCUACGCAAGGCUGCUCCCAGUCCUUUACAAACGAGUACGACUGCUACUUCUCCGCCGACGAGCGCGACUCCGACGAGAACUACGUUUCCACGAGGUGGUAUCGAUCAUACUUCGACAUCAACGAGCUAUAAUCACGCAGGUCCACAGGAAGGACCUCGUUCGCCCAAGGAACGACUUGACGAUCUACUUGCCAGCGAGAAAACCUUUUACCGCUCUGAGGAUUCUUCUGUGGAUUCUAUCGAGGAAAAUAAGUCGAGAUAUCCCCGCCCUUCCCACGACUCGAAUGCUACCUCACGAAGCGUCUCUGACCCUGUCGUAAACUCGAAGCCGUCAGGAGACUCUCCGCCGGGCACGCGACCAUCGAUGGCAGCUGUUGCUCCAGCACAUAGAGUCGAAAUGGCUCGGGCACCUCCACGGACAUCGUCGAUCGAUUCGGCAAUAUCUUCGUUGUCAGGCGGGCAUUCGCACAAGAACUCGCAAGAGAUGCAUUCAGGCAGCUCUCCGGACAUUGCAAACCUCAUCCAGGCAGCCGGAUCACCAGAAGCUGUUAUUCAAUAUCUCUUGAAGGAGAAGCAGUCUCAAGCGGCACAGAACUCGCAGUUAUGGCGCCUGGUGGACAAGCAGAGGGCAAUGAUAUUAGGGCUAAAUAAGGACCUCGAGCGAGCGAUGAAGGACAAGGAACGGUACCGUAAGAAACUGAAGGAGAGCUUGGUACAGAUAUCGAAUCCGUCACCUGUUGAUUCAACACAAGGCAUUGCUACUUCAGAUGCAGGGUCGAUAUCUUCAGAGCCAAAGACGGUGGGAGCUCCAAAGGCUAAUGUUGAAGCCACCGUUGGUGCUGGGCUACGAGACCUUGGACAGGAUCACCCCCCUUCGCCAAUUGAUGUCGCCCUGGCUCCGUAUCCUAUCACUCCUCCCUCAAAUCACGUAGAAGCUCCAGCACUUUCUAACAUGGUGGAAGCUGAGCACAAGAUGCCAUCGCCAACACAACAUGCUUUCCAACAGUACAACCCGGAUGCACCAUCAGCAGGAUUUGAAGCAGGACAGCAACAGAGGAAGGCCAAUGAAGUCGAGAGAAGCGUUCCGUAUAACGCGGCACUGCCGCCGUCAAGAACCCUGCCUUCUGAUGCACCGAGAGGACCACCGCCGAAUAUUCCAAUCCCAAAAACACCAAUGUCCAGUAACCAAACAGCUCCUGCAGUAAACAUUACUGGGCCGUCACCCAGACCGGACGAGGGCCUUAAGGCUUUUCCCAUACCGCCACUGAGGAAAGCCCCCCCUGCGCCCCUGAAUUUAGGAAAGAAGAACAACCCUAGCUCCCAUCUCCGUCAAGCCUCAGGAACUGGUGAGGAAUCGGAUUCAGACUAUGAUGAUAUAUUAGAGGUGGAGGAGAUACCCACAUUCACCGAGCGAGGACGACGGAAGACAAGAGAGGAGGAUGACAAGGAACGGGAAAUUGCGGCUAUGAAAGAUGCAGAGUUGAGAAGUCUUUCAAAGAAAAGUGGAAAAUCGAAAUCGAGACCGACUACUCCAUCCACCAAAGAUUUCAUGCCAGCAAGUCCACGAACGAUACCAAUUGCGCCACCAGAUGCCCACACACGACAUCUAUCUCCCCCAGACUCCAACACUGGUUCUUUGGCAGGCAUGCUCAGUGAAGCAUCGGGAAUGGUCUCACCUCCUUUGAUGAGCCCGGGUCUCCCCGUCAGCCCGAGACCAAUAGAUCGGCCACUCGGCAGUCCACUGCCACGAAACCCUUCAGAUAAUGCCUCUUUGAAUUCACCUCCUAUGUCACCCCGUAUGGGCGGUUUUCCUGGAAUCGUUCCGCUUUCUCCGAGAGCGCCAAGACAGCCUAUUCCUCUACCACCUAACACCCCGCUGUCGAUCGCUUCACCAGGAUUGCCCCGAGAACCCUUGCAGUUAGUUUCCCCCAAACCUUUGACGAUCGCGAAAAAGGCGCUCGAAGGUGUGGAAACGAGCCCUUUAGACGAAGCGUCGCCAACUCUUGGACACAUCAGCAUGUUCGGAGCCAACUCGAUCUAUAAAGGGCUGGUAACUGAAGAAUAUCCGGAUCUGCUACUCCCGCCAAAUGCCUUGCCUUCAAUUGAUGUCAAGGUUGCAUCGUCUCGCCUGAAGCCUUCGAGAGCCAGCAUCAUGUUCCCGAAGAAUUUUGAGGAAGAUCCUGUGUUCACGUUGGCAGUUUUCUCGCGGUCGGAUCGCAGAGAGCUUUGGAGAGUUGAGAAAGAUUCCGCCUCACUUGCUUAUCUAGAUCAGAUACUGAAGCAAUCUUCCUUAUUCACUGCUAAGACGCCCGAGAAGUCACUUUUCAAUGGGCAUGCUCCUGCGAAGGUUGAUGCGAGACGGGCCGCUUUGGACAAGUAUCUUGACGACAUUUUGAACACGCCUAUGGAUACAGCAUCAGCCUUGGAGAUUUGCAGAUACCUGUCAACCAAUACGAUGGAGCCACACGCCGAGGACUUGAACCCGCGAGGCGACUCAGUUGAGAGCCCUGUCAAGACGGGGCCAGGCGGCCGACCAUUGAAAAAUGGAUAUUUGACCAAGAGAGGCAAGAACUUUGGGGGCUGGAAGGCUCGAUUCUUCGUAUUGGAUGGCCCAGUAUUCAAGUACUAUGAAUCUCCAGGUGGACCUCACCUUGGUGCGAUCAAGCUUCAGAAUGCUCAGAUUGGCAAGCAACAACAGCAAACGGAGAAUGGAUCGCCUUCACGAAGUGACGCCGAUGAUAUCGAUAACCAAUACCGCCAUGCAUUUUUGAUCUUGGAACCCAAACGAAAAGAUUCCUCCAGCCUCGUAAGGCAUGUCUUGUGUGCGGAAAGCGAUGAGGAGCGUGAUCAGUGGGUUGAGGCUCUGCUUCAGUAUGUCGAUUACAAAGACGAAGAGGGUGAGGACAUUGCACCGCAACAAUUAAAGCUGCACGACCGUCACGAUUCUAGCGGCUCUCUCCAUGUCAAUGGUAUGAACGCCAAAAAGAAGAUGUACGCCGCCCAGGGAGGUCGAAGCCAGACUAUGCCAGACCUGGCUGAUGGAGCACUACGCGGAGUGAGCUACGAGAACACCAAGCAAGGUAGUAUUCCAUUCGGCGCAAGAAAGAGUUCUGGAACUCCAUCACCUCCUACCCAUGGACACGAACGGGACCCUCUGGCUCAAUUGCCCCAAAGCCAGUCAAUGAAGAAUAUUUCGGCGCCCAAGAAUGCGCAAGUAAUCCAAGACUCCUCGAUAUGGGGCAAUAAGAACACUUUCUUGGCACCUGCACAAGUGGAUGAGAGAAUCAAGCAGAAGAAGCGAAGUUUCUUUGGCUUUGGAUCGAAACCUCGUGCAUCACUGGACUCGCAAGAUGUUGCUGGGGCCAAUGAUUCGACGACCAGCCUAUCACAGAUGGCUUACGACCAGCAUGGACCCAUUCGACCAGCUUUCGGAGCUCCGCUGGGAGAGGCAGUGAGGUACAAUCAUCCGGUUGAUGUCAAUGUUGAGCUGCCUGCUGUUGUUUAUCGAUGCAUUGAGUAUCUAGACGCCAAGAAUGCAGCUGGUGAAGAAGGUAUCUUCAGAUUGAGCGGCUCAAAUGUGGUCAUUAAGCAGCUCCGGGAACGUUUCAACAACGAAGGUGAUGUGAACCUGAUCACGGAUGGCCAAUACUACGAUAUCCAUGCAGUUGCCUCGCUCUUAAAGCUUUACCUCCGAGAACUACCUACGACGAUAUUAACAAGAGAGCUCCAUCUUGAGUUCCUGGCAGUCACUGAACUUCACGAUCUCAGCGAGAAGAUAAGUGCAUUGAAUGGUCUCGUCCAUCGACUUCCACGAGCAAAUAACGCCUUACUACGAUACCUUUCCAGUUUCCUCAUCAACAUCAUCAACCACGCAGACACCAACAAGAUGACUGUACGCAACGUUGGCAUUGUUUUCUCUCCAACCCUGAACAUACCCGCACCUGUUUUCGCCCUCUUCCUUCAGCAAUAUGAUGGUAUUUUUGGGCAGGAACCAGACGAUCACAGCAUGCCGGUCGAAGUCACUGUCACCGCUCCACCACUCUCCCCUGAAGAUAUCCGUUCGCCGCGCCGACAAAAGUUCGCACAAGAUUUGCCGACCCCAAACUACGAGCAGCAAUCUUUCUCACAACAAGGACCACCCCCAUCAUUUCCGGUUCCUCAGCAUUACCAGCAACGUGCACAAUACGAUACAGGAUUUACGCCCAUGAAACCUUCUUAUGAGCCACAAAUGCAAGGAAAUUACCCAACCAUGGCCGGACCAGAAUAUGGCAGAGCAGCUCCCACCCUCGCUGGGCCUGCUUAUGAUCAAUUUGGUGGUGGUGGAAACUCGCAAUACAGACAGUAUGCUACGGAGAACCCUCAGGGUGCAAAGAACAAGAGACGUGAGAGCACCAUGUUUGGCAUGAAUAUUGGAUUGGGUCAGAGAAAGCCCAGCAGUAACAAGUUGAGAGAUGAUUCUCGUAAGCUUGAAAUCUUAGCAUUACGCUAGAUGGGUACUAAUUAAAAAUAGGGCUUGUUGAUGAAGAAUCCUUCUUCGACUGAACAAGCUUUCACAUGAACGAAUCCAAAACGAUUUGA